GAUGAGGUGAUGAAAGGAACUAUGAUGUAGACUUGUAGUGGCGGUGGAGAUCAUGCCCAACUUGGCACGAUGAUUAACACUAUUUAAGCGGUGGAAAUCAACACUAGUUAAGCUAAAAGUAUAAGGAUCUAGUAUCUAGAGAUGAUGCACAACAUACUAAUCGAUACAUUUUUUUUGAAAAUAUUUUGUGUAACUUCUAGACCUUUGUACAAUUACUUUUUCUAUUGUUGCAAAAAAAAAAAAACAACAUAAACGUUGGCGUUUUGCUAGUAACUGAAAUAAAACGCAUCACCUUUAGUAAAUACAAGUAAACAAUAAUGACAAUGCAUAAGAAACAUACCUUUCAUUAAAACAAAAUUCAAACUGUUACAACAUUUGCUUCUUACAUAUACUCUCCGGACUAAAAUUCAAAAGACGAAGCAAUUGAAGUUUUGAAGAAUUCACAAUACAAAUACAUUUUAUAUCAUGGCCUUCAAACCAACUACCGUCAUCAAAUCCACGGCUGCAGCCAUAUUCACAAUUAUAGCAAUGGCUGCAUUCGCAUCUGCAUCCACUGGUUUAGUUCAAUCUCCUGAACAAGACCGCUACCUCAACCAAUGUCUUGGGAAGAUAUCUUCAAGGUGUGCAAUGUAUGCCACAGCCGAAAUGUAUCACCAUGGGCCGCUGAAACAAAACGGAUGUUGUCUAGAAAUUUAUCACAUGGGACAAAUUUGUCUUAACAUUGUGACAAGGCAUGUGAUCGAGGCCCUUGUUCCCAAACUUGAGCCUACUAAGAAACAAGACCUUAUUGACAAAGCCACACAAAUAUGGUAUCUUUGUGUCCCGGUUUAAUUUUUUAUAAAUGAAUUACCAUUUACCAUUCGAGUUA